GGUUCCGUUUAUGGAGCCGUUGCUCGUACAUGAUUGUUAUGAGAUCGGAAAGCAAUCUAGUCAGAACAUUACUGAUUGUGCACCCCAGUGUGUCUCCAUCUUGAUAUAGCAGCGAUCGAAACGCUAAAAAAAGUUCCUGGACAUGGCAGCCCUAAAUCGUCCCACACAGGCAACGUACGAAAUUCACGAAAGCGUCAAGGUGGAUACAUCCGACAAUGAAGAUCACACGUUCUGUGGAAUCAUGUUUCCGAUUAAAGCCAAGGCGGUGUUACCGAUGGAGCGAGUUUUCAUUCGUUCGAUCGCGGUGCGCGGACAACUGGGGCCCUUGACGGUCUGGAUCACAAAACCGGAGGCAUCGCCGGACGACCACCAAACGUACACCUUUCGAUUGAACGCUCGCCAUUGGGAUAAAGUAUACGAUCACACCUUGCCAUCAUCUCAACGAACGUAUCAAACACUCCAUUUAGACCCACCUAUCGAAUUGCGGCCUGGGCAAGUUCGGGCCCUGUACAUUCAUUCGACGUUGCCGGGGGAUGAGGCAAUCGUUUAUGACAAUUCCUACCCCACAGCCCGCCGGCCCGCCCGACCCCGUUACGAAGAUUCCAUGAUUACCAUCUUUAGUGGCAAGGCACACUUGUCACCCACACCCUUUGGUCAGAUGCCCAUUUGGGGUUGGGGCAACGCGUGGCGUGAUCACCGGGAGUUUGUUGGACAGAUUGAAUACGGUGCCGUGUUUCAGCUAUGGAAUCCCGCUUGCCACGGUAACUUUGGUACCGAGUUUGAUCAGUGCGUUCAAGCUAUGCUCGCUUGUCAACGGCGCAACGAGUCCCCCAUCUGUCGACUACCCGACGAGUGCUUGUACUAUAUUUUAAACAUGUGUCGGUGGGACUGGUUCCGCGACACAUCCGAUGGUAUCAAGGCAGUGAAACGGUUUCGCAGACGACAAAGACGGGAACUAGAAUCGGAAGUCGCCCGCCUGCGUGCAGAACAAGCCGAGCAAAAUCGUUUAAAUGCCGAGAAUCCUACCGGACGACGAAGCGCCGAAAGCGAUAGUGAUAUGUAUUACGAUGCCGAGGAAGAAAUCGAGGACUCCACGGCGAUGGAUACUUCGAACCAUUGUAGCAAUCGAGCUGGUGUGGCCGCUCAAGCCUUGGCGGCGGUCCCAGAGAUAUCAGAAACACACUCGGGCGAUGCUGACGAAGAUGAAGGGAACCAAGGUGAUGUUGAAGACGUCGAGGAUGAUGACGAUGAUGAGGAAUGGAACGAAGAUGAGGAGGAGAAUGAAGACGACGAGGAUGACCUAGAUGACGAUGGAAACGAAUCAGACGAGAGCGAGUGGGAGCGUGCAAACGGUUACCGAGCAGAUAAUACAGUUUUCACGUAUCGAGAUGUUUCAUCCGACGAGGAAAGCGAAGGAGACGAAGCCCGUACGGCAGCCGAAAGACAAGCGUGGUUUCGCCGACAUUUUGCCCGCAUUCAUAUUUUGAGGGCAUUGGCACGAGGAAACGAUGGUACUGGAGAGAACAUGCAGAUGUAA